AUGCUUAAUAAGAUUGGGCGUGUGUUUUAGGUUUUCCUCAAAUUCGUCAGUUAAUAUUUCCUGCAUCUCAAUAAAUACGUUUAUUGUUAUUUUCAUUUUUCUAAAUGAUAUAAUAAAAUGGAAAACUUAUCCUACAUAUUGUUACUCAUAACAUGUCUUGCGUGGCAUGUUGCUAUAGCUCAAAAUACAGGUGGUUGUCAAAUUCCACCUGUCAUCAGAGGAUCUUGGUUUUCAUGGGAAAAUGGUAGAAAUACUUUAACAGAGAUAAAUGCUAAUAGCAUGACUGGGCGAGGUAUAUGUGUAAAUAUGGUAGAAGCAUAUCAUAUCAAUUAUACAUUUGUAUUUCGUGAUCCUAAUCAAGAUAUACACAAUAGCUGUUAUCACUGUGUAAAACUCAUUAUUAGGACAGUAAAUGUCAUAGAAAAACUUGAAGUAAGUUGUGUAAAUGUCCCUGAUGGAUUAGAACCCACAGUAGAUUUUGUUUGCCAAGGUUUAAGUGCAAAUCAGCAGCUGAUAACAUUGUUUUCUGAAAAUUAUGUACCUGUGAACUGCAGAUCAUCUCUGGAAGGAGUCUGGCAGUUUGCUUAUCAAAACCGAUUCCGAUUUACGGGUGAAUGUAAUAAUCCAGAUGCACAAAUAAAAUCUUGUCAAACUGCAGGAACUCAAUUUCUCAUAACUAAUCAGAAAUUCAACAUUACUUACAAACAAUGCCCUGGAAUGAAAGGGACUUUUGAUGGAGUGGUGGAGUACAGUUGCUUGGGUGAUUGGUUCGUGGAUAAGAAUCACUUUUUCGCUGUAGCAAAUACAAAGGAAUCCCGGAAGGACGAGAAGUACAGAUGCUUCUUAAAAAAUCGUGACGACGAUUUGUAUAUUGGUGUAUCUAUUACUGCGGAGUGUAAUACUCUUAAAACUGUUGAGAAGAGCCCUGAACGUUUGAGGAUUACUCCAGUUAAGGCUGAAAUAGUUGAACCAGGUUGCCGUUUACCUCAAGACAUGUCCGGGAAUUGGAUUAAUACCGCUAACAUUGAUGCAGACAUCUUCAUUAAUGAGACACACAUUAUUGAGACAUGGUAUCCAGAUGAAGGGCGUUAUCGACGCACAAUUUAUGUUUGCCGUGAACAGAGGGGUUCAAGAGUGAUGAUGGCAAGACUGACUGUGGAUGGAUGCCAAAAGGAUUACGUUUGCUUUGAUUUUGUGAGGCGACAUCAUAAUGUUAUCAGAUAUCGACGUGGUGUGGCAGUGAUAAAGGACGAUUUUCAUACAGUAUGCUCUUGGGUUCAAUUUCCUAAUAAAGAUGCUUGGAAAUAUGAUCUAUUUUUAGCGCAAAAUCCUGUCCCAAUACGUUGUCCAGUAGCUGGCAAAUUUAUGUUCCAACAGAAAGGGGAUGUCCUGUUUGAAACCAGGAUUCUAGGCGGUGUCACUAAAUCUCCGCGUCCGAAUAUCUAUUGUAAACAGAAUAUUUCUGAUUUCUCAGUUUGCAGUACUGAUCAAAAGGAAAUUGCCAUCGACGAAACGUAUUGCUUAUCAGUAGAUUACUUAGGAAAACCAGUUGAUAUUUACAGUGAUCCGGACUACGUGAUGAAAUGCAUCGGAUUCUGGAAGGAAAACUUAAAAUCAUAUUUGAUAACAUAUGACGAAUUAGAUCCUUACAGUAAAUAUCGCUGUUGGGUGUACCAGCGGGCUGAUUUGAAUCGAGUGCUUUUGUCUCAAGCUAUCGGUCCAUUUUGCGAUCUCAAACAAGAUGUUACGAGUCAAAACUACACAGAAGGCGCUGCAGUUGCGCUAGAGUUACAGGAAUACGAGCGAGAACGUGACCAAUGUCCGAUGCAUUUCGACGACGGAUCCGACCCUUGGCAUGAAACAGAGAAUUUCAUCAAUAUCUUUAAGUUUGGAAGUGACGCUAAUAUAAAAAGUUAUUUCUCAUUUUUGUUAAUUAUACCAUUGAUAAUAGCACUUUACUCUAUAGACAUGUAAAUAAUUUUAUUUGAGAGAUAACUUAUAUUUUAAUUCUCGUAAAGCUCAGCUAUAAAUAUUGAAGGCGAAACAAAUCGCUUCCAUAUGUUCUAAAUUGUUCUUGCGAUGGUUCAUUCAGUACUAACUAUAUUUCGUCUAUUUUGUAAUUAUAUGGUAAUAAGUGCUUUAAAUCAUUGAUGAAAUACUUAAAGAUUUAAUCCUGUAAAAUUAGCUAUUAAGAAAUGCU